CCCUCGCGGGCGCGCAGGAUGUUUGGCAUUGCCAUGGAGCUUCAGGAAGCCGGCGGACGCGCCUCGUCGCCCGGGCAACUGGGGAGGACAAAACCCGACCCAGGUGGCGGCGGCAAGAGCGGCUGCGAUGGCGUCCAACCCCGUGCAUGGCCUGCCCUUUCUCCCGGGCAUGUCCUUUAAGGACUCCACGAAAACUGCAUUUCAUAGAUUCCAGACACUGGGCUACAGAAACGGCUAUGCAGUUGUUCAACGUCCAACACUUGGGAUAGGCGGGGACCGGCUCCAAGUCACCCAGCUGUCCCAGGCUGAACUGGAUGACUUGGCGAGUAAGGCAUCACUUCUGACUUACGGCCAACCUAAGCAGGCCCCACCUGCAGAGUUCAUUCCUGCUCAUGUGGCUUUUGACAAAAAGGUGCUGAAAUUUGAUGCCUAUUUCCAAGAAGAUGUUCCUAUGUCGACUGAGGAACAUUAUAGGAUCCGUCAAGUGAAAAUUUACUACUAUCUCGAAGAUGACAGCAUGUCUGUCAUCGAGCCUGUUGUGGAAAACUCUGGGAUCCCUCAAGGCAAGUUAAUCAAACGCCAGCGGCUAGCCAAGAAUGACCGGGGAGACCAUUACCAUUGGAAAGACCUAAAUCGAGGAAUAGACAUUACAAUUUAUGGCAAAACUUUCCGUGUUGUUGACUGUGACCGAUUCACACAGGUAUUUUUGGAAAGUCAAGGAAUUGAACUAAAUCCGCCAGAGAAGAUGGCUCUCGAUCCUUACACUGAACUCCGGAAACAGCCUCUUCGUAAGUAUGUCACGCCAUCGGACUUUGAUCAACUCAAGCAGUUUCUCACCUUUGACAAACAGGUUCUUCGAUUCUAUGCGAUCUGGGAUGACACAGACAGCAUGUUUGGUGAAUGUCGGACCUACAUCAUUCAUUACUAUCUUAUGGAUGAUACGGUGGAAAUUCGAGAGGUCCACGAACGGAAUAACGGACGCGAUCCCUUCCCGCUCCUGAUGAACCGCCAGCGAGUGCCCAAGGUUUUGGUGAAGAAUGCAAAGAACUUCCCUCAGUGUGUGCUGGAAAUCUCUGAUCAGGAGGUGUCGGAAUGGUACACCGCCAAAGACUUCCUCGUGGGGAAAUCACUCACUAUCCUCGGGAGAACGUUCUUCAUUUACGAUUGUGAUCCGUUUACUCGGCAGUAUUACAAAGAAAAGUUUGGCAUCUCCGAUUUACCACGUAUUGAUGUGAGCAAGAAGGAACCAGCUCCUGUAAAACAGGAAUUACCUCCCUAUAAUGGUUAUGGACUAGUGGAAGACUCUGCUCAGAAUUGCUUUGCUCUCAUUCCAAAAGCUCCAAGAAAAGAUGUUAUUAAAAUGCUGCUGAAUGAUAAUAAGGUGCUUCGUUAUUUGGCUGCACUGGAAUCCCCCAUCCCAGAAGACAAAGACCGCCGAUUCGUCUUCUCUUAUUUUCUAGCCACCGACAUGAUCAGUAUCUUUGAACCUCCUGUUCGCAAUUCUGGUAUCAUUGGGGGCAAGUACCUUGGCAGAACUAAAGUUAUUAAACCAUACUCAUCGGUGGAAAACCCGGUCUACUACAGCCCUAGUGACUUCUUCAUUGGUGCUGUGAUUGAGGUGUUUGGCCACCGGUUCGUCAUCCUUGAUACAGAUGACUAUGUUUUGAAGUACAUGGAAAGCAAUGCUGCCCAGUAUUCACCAGAAGCACUCUUGUCAGUUCAGAACCAUGUUCGAAAGCGAGAAGGUCCUGCACCAGAAUUGGAAAACAAGCAAACUGAGGUGGAUCCAGGCGUGCAAGAACUGGAGGUACUAAUAGACACAAUCCAGAAGCAACUGAAAGAUCCUCCAUGCAAAGACAACAUUCGUGAGGCAUUUCAAAUUUAUGACAAGGAAGCUUCAGGAUAUGUGGACAAAGAGAUGUUCUUUAAAGUCUGUGACUCUCUUAACCUCCCAGUUGAUGAUUCCUUGAUCAAGGAGUUGAUCAGGAUGUGCUCUCACGGAGAAGACAAGAUCGACUACUACAACUUUGUUCGAGCUUUCUCAAACUGACCUGCUGAUGAGGGAGUGCAAGACACUUUUUGGAGGUUGGACCUACACUUUGAAAUAUACCUUGUAUUCUUUGUAGAAGCAUUUACAGAGCUCUUGAGAUUAUAUUUCUUUAUGGUCCUUCUCUUUCGCUACUACUAAAGUCUAAAUUAAAUUGGACCUUGUAGGAGCUCA